GCUAUGUUGUACUCGACUGGCAGAGGGGACAAGACCAACAUUAUCAUGAUUAUAGCCAAGAUGACUCUGAGACGCAGUUUCUUCGGUCUUGCGGUGGUGGUGUUAUCCAUCGUCAUUCCACUGACUCACUCCAUCCCUCUCCCCCCUCCGAGUUCCUUCUUCACCAACGAAGCACCGGCUCCAGUGAAGACGAACAUCGGUAUUGACUAUAACAUCAAGAGAGAGAAGGGCAACCAUGUUCAAAGUUUCGUCGACAAUCACAAAGACGUUUUGCAUAUGAUCGGCGGUGACAUGACCAUGAAGUCCAAAUCGCAGCUCGUCGUCACACCCGGUUCAGACACAUACUCUCAAAGAGAUAAACACCCCCCUGAUGAGAGACCAACCCCAGGCGCGUACCAAUCCGAUAUCAUGCUAACAGAUGAGCAACGUGAGCUCAUUGUGAAUUCAUUACAAGUCACCCCGGAUGCCGUGGAGCCACCCUCGUCCGACAACAAUGACAACGACAACAACCAUUUCAACGACAACAACUGGCAAGGCAGGAAAAAGAGGAACUUGAGUGCGAAGUCGGCGGCGUUGACGGGCAAUUAUUGGCCCAUGGCAAUUGUCCCAGUCACCUUAAACGUAGAUUCGGCUAGAAUGGAGAAUAUCGUAAAUGCACUUGUGCACUACAGCGUCAACACUUGCUUAUUAUUCGUAGAAUACAACUGGGACGUGGGAGAAUCCUUGGGGCACCACUCCUAUCUGGAUUUCCGAGACGACCUCCCUGGUUGUUGGUCUUACGUUGGCCGAGUUGCUGGUGAAAAUCAGACAGUCUCCAUCGCUCCAGAAUGUAAUCAGUUCGGAACGAUUUUACACGAGAUCGGGCACGCCAUCGGUUUACACCACGAACAGUCUCGGCCAGAUCGAGAUUUCUACGUCACGGUAGAGUAUGACGAAAUACCUAUGGAUAUGAGAGGCCAAUUUCUGAGAUAUUCGAAAGAGGUAGUAACGACAUUUGGGGCAAACUACGAUAUGAGUAGCAUCAUGCAUUACGGGGCUUAUGCAUUCACUAAAAAUGGCGAAGAAACGAUCAAGACGCUGGAUCCUGCAUACCAAGACGUAAUCGGCCAACGCGAAGGACUGUCUCAAGGAGAUAUUGAUGGCAUAGCGGAAAUGUAUGACUGCGCGAAGGGCUUCACUUGGUAUUGAAGCAAAUACGAACCAGUGGAGCGUUUCAUGAAAGGUCUUGUCGGACAGUUACCAUGGCAACAGUGCGUCUUAGCCAGUUGAAAUCAAGUAAAGUUAACAGAUUCGACAAGAUGAAGAUGAAAUUUAGGAUGAAAUAAAUCAGAAUUGUUUAUGUUUAAUCAUUGAUGAAUUUAUUGGAUAUCGAUUGGUGUAUUUACGUUUUAGAUUUUAUUUUUCUGGAGAAGCUUAAUCGUUUAGACUCUUAUAUCGCUCGUUUAAAAGUUUCUAAGAUAUUUACUUUGUUCGACUUACUACUGAAAGAUAUUAUUUGUUUAAACUUGAAAGCAGACCCAGUAGAUCAAGAGAGAUAACGUAGAUAUAUGAAUUUAUUUUUUCACGAAACUAUAGGUUAACACAACUGCAUCAACCCCUCAAUUUUUAUUUUCCGUAUAUAUCAUACUUAAAUCUAAGCAAUUGGGAAGUAUUGAAUUCAGAAAAGCACAUUUUCAAAGUGUCUAUAUAAGUGGAAAUUCCGACUUUGAUUCCAGAAAAUGCCAAUUCAAAUAUUGUGUUCAGGUUGAAUGUGUAUCGUUACUCAAAAGGAAAUAAAGGAUACGUUAUGAAGCACCAAUGUAUUCUUAUAUUCAACCAAUUAAGAAAAAUAUAUUUACAUGUAGUUGAUUUCGUUAUUAAUCACGAUAUAUUACUUAGUUUAUAGUACACAACGGGUUUUCGCAUUGUUUGAUUGGUAUGUGUUAUUGUAUUCUUGGUAGACUGGAAUAAAACAAAUUGACUGA